CUUCUGUCCACCACCACCACCACCACCACCAUUACUGUUAAUAGCAGCAGCUGGUCCCUCACCAAUUUUGGCUCUAACCCCCGUCCAGGAAGGAGAGAAUGGUGACCGUCGAUGAAGUCCGGAAGGCGCAGCGGGCCGAGGGCCCUGCCACGAUCAUGGCCAUCGGAACAGCUACUCCGCCGAAUUGUGUUGAUCAGAGCGCAUAUCCGGACUACUAUUUCCGUAUCACAAACAGCGAGCACAAGACCGAGCUCAAGGAGAAGUUUAGGCGCAUGUGUGAUAAAUCAAUGAUCAAGAAGCGUUACAUGUACUUGACUGAGGAGAUCCUGAAAGAAAACCCUAGCAUGUGUGAGUACAUGGCCCCAUCGCUCGAUGCAAGGCAGGACAUGGUGGUCGUCGAGGUCCCAAAGUUAGGCAAAGAAGCAGCCACGAAGGCUAUCAAGCAAUGGGGCCAGCCCAAGUCCAAGAUAACCCACUUGGUCUUUUGCACCACUAGUGGUGUGGACAUGCCGGGCUGUGACUACCAGCUCACCAAACUAUUGGGCCUGCGUCCCUCCGUCAAGCGCCUCAUGAUGUACCAACAAGGCUGUUUCGCCGGUGGCACCGUACUCCGCCUGGCCAAGGACCUUGCCGAGAACAACAAAGGAGCGCGUGUGCUUGUCGUGUGCUCGGAAAUUACUGCAGUGACCUUCCGUGGGCCUAAUGACACUCACCUUGAUAGUCUCGUGGGCCAGGCCUUGUUUGGUGAUGGUGCUGCUGCUAUCAUUGUGGGUUCGGACCCUAUCCCGGACGUUGAGAGGCCCUUGUUUGAAUUAGUCUGGACUGCCCAAACAAUCCUGCCCGAUAGUCAUGGGGCCAUCGACGGACAUCUCCGUGAAGUUGGGCUUACAUUCCAUCUCCUCAAGGAUGUUCCUGGGCUUAUUUCGAAGAACAUUGGAAAGAGCAUGGAAGAGGCAUUUAAGCCUUUGAACAUCUCGGACUGGAACUCGCUAUUCUGGAUCGCGCACCCUGGUGGGCCAGCUAUUCUAGACCAAGUUGAGGAGAAGUUGGGCCUGAAGCCCGAAAAGUUACGGGCCACACGACAGGUGCUUUCUGACUAUGGCAACAUGUCCAGUGCAUGUGUGCUGUUUAUUUUGGAUGAGAUGAGGAGGAAGUCUGCUGAAGAUGGGCUUAAGACCACUGGAGAAGGGCUUGAGUGGGGCGUCCUAUUUGGGUUUGGGCCUGGGCUUACUGUUGAGACUGUGGUGCUUCACAGUGUGGCUACUUGAAGUGGGCCUUGAAUAAUUGGGUUUGGGCCUGGACCUCUGUUAUGUUUGGUUUGCAUUUCUGGCUUGGUUUUUCAUUUUGGUCUUCCAACGUUUACUUGUGUUGUGGUGCAACUGGAUAAGUUGUGUUUAAUUAGUUUAUGCCUAUGAGUCUUAUGCUGCAAUUCAAAUCAUGAUAAAUAAUAUGUACUUUGCUUUUCUACCAUGAAUGAAAAUAGUACUGUUUGUGUCUCUGUGAAAA